AUAAUGGGACGUGACUCCGCUAAUUCGGUUUUUACAAGAGGAAAGUGUAAAAGAAUUUAACCAUUUUCAUUUUGUUUGAUCAAGUGAUUUAUAAAAAUCCAGAGAGUCAUCAGAACUCCUUGCUCUUGUUCUUACUCUGACAUAAAAAAUUAGGAUGAAAAAAAUGGUUUUAUAUUCUUCUUUCAAAUUGUACUCUGUCAAAAUAUUUCACGGCAAAGCAAAUGGUUUAUGGUUUAUUAUCGAAAAAUGGUGCGUGUUUUUUUGCUCGCCGUUUUCUAUGCUGUUGCAUUAAAAGCCGUGGUGGCCGAAAAUGGAAAUGAAGUGAAACGAGGUGCAUUUCCUUUCAUGGCUUUUCUAUACUACACGGAUGAAACAAUACUUGAUGAUGAUGGUGACAGAUUUACUAGAAGCGCUGCAUUGAUUAGAAAUGAUUGGCUAAUAUCUUCUGGCGAUGUGUCUAUUGUAUUCCCACUUAAAACUCUGUUAGCUAGACUUGGAGCCGUCAACAUAGAUAAGAAUUUCACUAUAAAUGAGGAUGAAGAAGAACAAGAACGUGAGGUAAUCCUAAUAUUGCGCCCGUACAACUAUAGUGCAACAGAAUGGUGGAAGACUGAUAUAUCCUUGCUGAAGACUCUGUUGCCGUUCAAUAUGACGACGACUGUUGCACCAGCUACGUUAAUCAGUAACUUUGAUAUUGUUCUAAAAAACUGCUACAUUCUCGUCUAUGCUAGACGCGAUAAUACUACAGAACGUUCCCUUCUAAAAAUUAAUGUAGAACUUUUACCACCGGCGCAAGAACAUUGUGGAAAUUAUUAUAGGAAGGAAAGUAUGAUAUGCGCAGAGAGUGAAAAGAGUAACAACGCCUUAGCGGAUCCUAAUUUUUGUAAGGGUAAUAGUGGAGGCCCUCUCGUAUGCGACAGUAAAUAUAUUGGUCUACAAACAUACAUUAAUGAUUGUAAGCAGCCUUAUCUCUAUCAGUUUGUCCCUGGAUGGAAUAAAUUUAUUGCAUGUGCUGCAAAAGAACGGUACUUAACACAAUCUUGUGCUGACAUUUGCGAAGUAAUUUUUAAAGAUCCACCAUCUUCUACUAUAAUAGAUACGACAAAAGUUUCCGAUAUAACAGGUAAUAAAAUGGAUAAAUCGAUUGAUAAGGCGGUAGUCGAUAAAUUGGAUACUCAAUCGGUUUUAACUGAGUCGGAAUAUACUCAGUUUAACACUGAUGCAACUGAUAGUUCUACAGUUGUGAAGGUAGAAGAAGCUGCAGCCAUAAAUGAGCAUGAUACAGAAGUUCUGAGCACUAAAAUAAAUCAAGAAACUAGUAAGAUAACCACGACUAUUACUACUAUUUUGAUAGAAAAUUUCUCUCAUGAUACUACUUCAACGUCCACUGAUUCGACCUAUGCGGAAGACGACGACAUGAUGGAAACUACAGUAGAACGUGAACGAAAGAGUCAUAUUGCAGCUAAGCAUCAAUUAGUACGCGGUGAAGCGUCACUUAAUAUUCCAUCUCUUUUUCAUUAUUUAAUGACCUCUGUUUAUGUCCUGGCAUAUACUUAGAUCGUUACUUUAUCAAUUAAAUUAAAAUGUAUUGAAUUCUUAAUAAAAUUUUCUGUUUAA